AUGGUCGAAAUAAGGUACACACGAUUCGAUAUCAGUAAUGACAUGGAGUUUUCCACCAUCAAGAAAUUGAUCGAUGAGGAUCUCAGUGAGCCAUAUUCGAUAUACGUGUACAGAUUUUUCCUAAACCAAUGGCCGAACCUAACGUAUUUGGCAUGGGCAGAAGGAUCGGGUAAGCCCAUAGGAUGUAUAGUAUGCAAGAGCGAUACUCAUAAUGGAGUGCGGUUAAGAGGAUACAUUGGCAUGUUAGCAGUGGAGAAACAAUAUAGAGGCCGUGGGAUAGCGAAAAAACUAAUUACCUUAGCUAUAGAUACUAUGAUUGAUGAAAAAUGUGACGAGAUUAUGUUGGAGACUGAAUGCAGCAAUGCAGCUGCUUUGCAUUUAUACGAGAAUAUGGGCUUCAUCAGAAUGAAGAGAUUAUUCCGGUAUUAUUUGAACCAGGGAGAUGCGUUUAAACUCAUUUUACCGAUUACAGAGAAAAGUUGUGUGAGAAGCACAUUCCUGGGGAUGGAUUCCUUUCCUACCGACACCAUACUCUAA